CUAUUUACACUUGAUGAUAAAAUACAAACUUCCGCUUAAACAGUAUUUGAUACUAUUUAGCUUUUAAAAAGUCAUUAAAUGCGAAAAGUAUACUGACGAGUGGAACUGAUCGAACUGUGUUAAAGUGUGCUACUAUACGAACAGUAGAAGUGGUGUAGUAUGACUCCUAAACAGAUUACACCAAUGCUUCAAAAAAUUCUGGACUUUUACAAUAUCAUUACCAAUUAAUAGUGCUCUUUGUUUUCGUUAGAAAAGUAGAUAAAAAAGGAAAAAAUAACCUCCAAAUACGAUUACAUUGGAGACGUCACAAUUAUUGAGUAACAGGGUAGCCAACCUGUGAAAAUGUUACAAUGCCUGUAGAAUUCCUAAACCAAUCCAUUAAAGAUCCGUAAUGUUGAAACCAAUGUAUAUCUCGUUUCGAUGAAUAAGUUUCUGUUCUAUGAACAGACAGAACCACGCAGGGUGUUAGAAAAAUUUUUAUUUUGUCAUCCUUGUCAUCGAAGCACCGGGAGUACUGUCAAACAAUACUUGAAAUAAAUUGUUGUCAUUAAGGGGUAAAUUAAUAGAUCGACAUGGGAGACGGGAAGAAGGGCGAACGACAACCGUUGUUAAAAAAUGAAAAUGUCACUUAUAGUUCACACGGCAGCGAUUUCGUUGAUGAAGUGGAAUCGACUGUUAGUACAGUAUCUGCAAUAGGUCCUGAUGAAGUGCCACCUCCAUACGAAUCAAGUAGUCAAUGUGGCAAGCCUAUGGUCACUUGUAGGGUUUGUCAAGCUAUGAUAGAUAUUUCUGGCAAAAGAGAUCAACAUGUUGUCAAAUGCUGUCAAUGUAAUGAAGCUACACCCAUACGAAAUGCACCUCCUGGAAAGAAAUAUGUCCGUUGCCCAUGUAACUGUUUAUUAAUAUGUAAGAGUUCUUCACAACGUAUUGCUUGUCCAAGGCCAAACUGUAAACGUAUUAUUAAUCUUGCUCCAAGCCCAAUUACACCACCUGUUUUAUCUAUGCCUGGAAUGUGUAGGGUAUGCUGUGCUCAUUGUCAUGACACAUUUUUGUUUAAUACCUUAAAUAAUGCUUUGGCUCGAUGUCCACAUUGCCGAAAAAUAUCUUCUGUUGGUCCAGAUUUUGCUAGAGGUCGAGGUAUUGCAUUCACUAUCGUUGGAUUAAUAGCCUUAGUAAUUGCAAUAGCUGUGACUGUUGGAACACAUACAUAUGCAAAAACUAGUGGUGGAAUUUAUGUAGCUUAUGUUGGUGCAUUUCUCUUAGCACUUUUGUGCUUUGGACGCAGCAUUUAUUAUUGUACAAUGAAAAUUAGUAUGAUAGAAGGUCCAAUGUAAUACCCUAAAUGACAAUCAGUUGCUAACAUUUUUAAACCAAUUCCUCUAACAUCUAUGUCGUAUAAUAAUAUAUUUAGAUCAAAUGUUUAUAGUAAUAAAAUGACAUAAAGUCCUUCUAGGACAAUUGGUACAUUCUUACACAUACAUAUGUAAGUUUAUAUUGCUAGUAAUGAGCAAUAUUCUUACAUAUACAUAUGCAAAUGUACAUGUCACGGAUGAAGAGGAUGUGUAACUGUAAUGUAUGACACUUUCUCACAUAAGGUAAUAUAUCAAAAAGUACUAGAAGUUGGGGUAUCCAUUUAAAAAACAAAGGAUUGUUCCUCUGCACUUUUAUAUUGUCAAGCACAGGACCAAGACAACAACCCCAUUAUAUUGUUUUCAUAUUUGAAUGAGAAUAUACUAAUGAAAAUAUGCUUUCUACAUCUACAGUAAAUAUACAAAAUGCACAUACAUAUAUACAUACAUAGAUAUAUAUGCAAAUAAAACAUUCUUGCAUGAAUAUUCCAAUUGUAAGCAGCUAUACAUACAGCUAUAUAUAUUGUGUUUGCAAUUACGAACUUGCAUUGUCAGAUAACAAAGAAUAAAAAUAUCUUUCUAAGAAAAAAUUAUAAAUCGAUAUCGUUUGACAGACGUUUUUGGAUUUAUGUAUUAUUUGACAUGCAAGUAAAAUUAUAUAAAAUACA